GAGAAGGGGCCCGGUGUAAAAUUUACACCACUCCGCCGUCCGCCCCUCUCCGGUAUCUGACCGACGGCGGACGGCGCCGUCGCCUCCGCCACCACUCCACGCCGUCCAUGGCCUCACUCCUGCUCGAGCAGCAGGAGAAGCUGCGGCGGCACGUCGACGAGUGGCGCUUCCGCUCCCGCGCCGCUCUUUCGGAACUCAGCUCCGGCUCUGGAACACCCUCCCCCACCCCGUCCGCGCCCUCCGGUCCCGUCAGGCUCCGCGUGGCCCCCGCCGACCCCGCGGGGGCGGGCGCUGUGUCCCUCCUCCUGACCGCCGCUGCGGCCGACGACAACGUCGCGGUCGCCAAGUUCGUCGCCGUGCUCUCGCACUCCAGCGUCGAGAUAUCACGCCUUUCUGAUGCGGCUUCAAAGGGUCUCUAUCGGCAACUGGUCCUCUUUGGGCACGAUGCGGGGGUUUCGGGUGAGGCACUUCUGGAGGGGGAGCCACAAAAGUUGUUUGCCCACUCAAUACCAUUGUUGCUCGAGCUGUAUGAAAUCAUCAAUGGGCUGAUAAUGAUCCUUGGGAACCUGCUCCGGCAACUUGAUGUGAUCUGCUCAGUCCGGGACAAGAAUGUUCGGCCAUUGAACUCAUUCAGGAAUUUUGAUUUAAGGACAGUGUUUGGAUCGCUUGGUGAGGGGCUUACGGUAUUCCUGUUAUUGGAUGAAAUCUUGAGGCACAAUGGGCAUGUCAAGAGCUACUUAUCCCUGUUCUCAAGGAUGAUGAGUAAAGUGAAAUCAGAGGUCGAUAUAUUUGGUAUGUCCGUUGAGGAUGUAGACUUCCUUGAUCAAGUAGUCCACAACUUGCAGAAAAUUUUCGACAGUGGCCUUUUCCACCGACUACUGCAAGUAGAUUCACCUUUGCGCUCCUCAAUAGACCUUGUUAGGUCCAAUAAGAAACUUCUAGAUGCAUUUCAUUCUUGCUUCGCUGAAAGCAGUUCUGAAAUCAUUCUACGCAUUGGAUCUUCAAAGGAACUCCCAUAUGAUCGAAAGACUAUACUCCAUCUUGUAGCUCUUCUUUUAUUCUUCAUAUCAGCAACUGAUGAAACUCCUGAUAAGAAAUCCAUGAAACUACUAACAGAGAUGUUUCAGAUGGUUCCAGUGAUCUAUAUUGAAGGUGGAAAGCGCAUCGUGCUAUCUGAUUUAAUGAAGUGUUAUUGCCCUCCAGCACUAUCCUCGUUGCCUCCCAUUAAGGAAGCUUGUGAAGCUUUUGAAAUCAUGAAGAAUAACUAUCUUGCACAUUUAAAUGAAGUGCAAUCAAGGGAUAUUCAAGCCAUAAAUGAUACACUUUCUUGUUGGUCCGUUUCAUUCCAGUCAGCUGUUCAUCCAUCGUCGCAGAUGUUGACUGAGGAGUGGGUUCGACAUCUCCAGAAGCAGAUUUUGCAGGGAGUAGUUCUUGCAGAUAGAAUACACAUACUUGUUCAAUCUAUGCUCGACCUACAUAUGCAUCUUAAGGUUCCACUGAGAAGAGAGAAAGCCAAAUCUCUUUGUCAGAUGAUUGUGUCUCUGAAGUCCAUAGGAGACUUGUUCAACACAAGAGGGUCCAACAUAGUACGCAGUCUUCCUCACAUUAUCAACAUCAUUCAAUCAGAUAUUGAACUACUCCUAGUACCAUUGAAGACUAGACUGCAAAGCGAAAUAGCCAAGGCUGAUCAAGUUAGCAAAACAGGAUUUCUUAGCUUGUUGAGACGUGGUAGUGCGGAGAUGGAGACAAAGCUUCUUGAUUCACUUUCACUGGUUCUGAUAUCCUUGCAAUUGCUUGAAGGGAGUGGAAGUUCUCCAAGGCAGCUGACACUUUCUAUUACUGUGGAUAUUCUACACAGUCUGGGUCACUUGGAUGUUGAGCUGUGUAAAGUGAGGAAGCUUCUAUCAAAGUUCAGAGUUCUUUCAAAUUUCCAGUCUCUGAUUGAAGAAAGAACAAAAUGUUGCUUCUUGUAUUGGAUAAAAGAGAUGCUUUCGACUUGGUUAUCCAUGGUAUACGGAGAUGCUUGCAAAUUGUCUUGGCUACAAAAUAUCGUCGAUGCAUUUUCUGAUGGAACGUCACUCCUCGAACUUGGGAACAUGGGACCAGUUGCUCUUCAGAGUUAUGAGGAAGACAUUGAGAAUGCUUUGAGGGAGGAGGUUGUUGCUCCUUUGUGCAGGGACAUUGAGACUGAUCUCCGACUUCAUGUUCAUUCUACUCGUUUGAAAGGAGCUGUUGUUGUGAACCCAACAAAGACUGGGGUUCGUAAUCUUUCAUGGUACUUACGAAUGAAGCCCUUGCGAUUACCUUUCAAGUUUGUUGAUGUUAAAUUGCUUGUGGAAAACCAUCUAAAUUCUGCGUUCUAUACUUACUCUGUGAUGCCUAACUAUGAUAAUAAGAUAUAUGCAGAGAUGCAUGAACUAGGACAGCUGAAAUAUGGCGUUGAACUGGAAGAUUUCCAUCUUACUGUGGAUACUCUGGAUCAAGGUUUUGAUUUCAGAAAUACUAUCCAACAUCUUGAUUCAUUUUGUGAGAAAUACUCCUACAGCAUUGCCAAACAGAUGUUUAUCGAGAAUGAUCUGGAUGGUCAAUGCCGAAAAAACUUAGUUUUAUGUGUUGAACACAUUGCAUCGUCAACUGCAAUGUGCAGUUUGCAGCAAAUUUCUGCUGCUUUGGACACCAUUUUGAUGUUUUUGGACAGGAUGUUUUUGGAUCUGGAUGCAUUGCUUCAAAGUGACACUGAACUUGAUUUCUUGAAGGAUUUAAAACGAUUAGAGAACACCAGGGUGUCCAGUGUACACCCUGCUAUCCAUGGAGAACUAAAAGUUGCUUUUGGGAAGCAUGGACUUGGAGAUCAUACUCUGGACUUCCUCGGACAAGUACAAGCUGUUGUUGCUAGAAUAGGAAACGCACUAGGCCUAAUGAGAAUACUUGCUGCUGGCUGUACCCGCUAUUCCAACAGCAUCUCAAGAUAUGCAAGAAAAUCCAACUAUGACUUAGGCUAUUCUGCAAGUUGCAAGAAAGUGGGUUUAGUCGAUGACAUUGCUGAAGUUGGGAAGAUGCUGGAUACGGAGGCAAGAAACAGGGAAGCUUUGGAUGAGAGGAUUCAAACCUUUGCAAUAUUGGUAACCCACAUUUCACAGAAGCUUCAGAGCAAUGAGCUUAAAGCAAUGAAGGACUUCUUCCAAAUUGUUCCAUUGCUUAUUGGCAACAUGGUGGACCAUAGACUUCUUCACAAGGAUAAACUACUGAGACGGGGGCAUGACGGCAAGAGUGUCAUUCAUACAUACGACAGUUUCCUUCUAGGAGUUGCUUUUGUCCUGAAGGUCUUGAAACAAGAAAGCUCUUUUGAUGAACUCAAUUGGUUCGCUUCCACAAAAACAAAAUUUGAGGGAGUGUCAGAGGACGAAAACAAUAAAAUGGAUACGAGCCCAAGCAGGGCUGCUUUCACCAGUCUGAAACUUUGGCGUGCGGCUCCAUCAGUUAGGACAGAACCACAUAAGGGUGUUGACAAGGGGAAGCGGUACCAGCAGGAGAUCGAGCUUAUAGAGUGUACCCUGAGGCUGGCUAGAACAGUGUUAGGAUGAGAUCGUGUUGUUGUACGAUAGUUUCCUUCGUUGCCGGCUGGCUGGCGUUUUUUUGCCUAGCCUGUGGAGUGUCUUUUGCGUAGCACAUUGGGAACAUUGGGGGAUGUCCUAUAUACCCUUGUGGUUGCGAAGAUGUUAAACAUAUGAUAUUCACAUGCGAUCGAGCAAAAGAAGUUUGGAAAAGUCUAGGGAUCUGGAGCAAGAUUGAAGAAGCCUUGCAUAUUGAUCGGUCUGGAUCAGUGUUGCUAGGGGAAAUAAUCCGAAGAGGAGGUAGGGAGCCGAAUCUGAAUAACGUGGGAUUAGUGGAGCUAAUUCUAACAGGUGGCUGGUACAAGAGAAGGCAGUUUGUACGUGAGAAUCAAAUUCGAUCUCCAAAUAGAUCAACCUUAUCCAUUGCAACACUGACACAUAAUUAUUUGUUGGCAAGAACGAAGUCAAAAACAAAGAUGAGGGAAGGAUGGAAGAAACCACCAGAAGGAAAGCUGAUGAUCAAUGUUGAUGCUGGUUUUAACGUAGAUUCAGGGAGUGGAAGCACAGGAGUAGUGAUAAGAGAUACAAGUGGUGCUUGCAUUGCAGCAGCUCAAAGAUAUCUUGCUCACGUUGUAGACGCACCAAUGGUGGAGGCUUAUGCUUUUACAGAAGGGCUGAUGAUGGCUCAACAUAUUGGAAUUAAUAAUUUUAUUAUCCAGACAGAUUGUCUAUAAGUUGUUGAAAUCGUGAAGGCACGGGGAUUGUCGCUGCUAUAUUUGAUGAUUGCUGCGUCCUGUGGAGCGGUUUUGAUAAUGUUCCGCUUGAAUAUUGUAAUAGGGAAGCCAACCGGGUUGCUCGUGAACUUGCUAGGUCUGCUUUCUCUUCACGAAAUUCCUGUAUUUGGGACGAUGAGCCCCCUAGUUUUAUCCUUGGCUUAAUGGCAAAUGAUGUAACUACCAUGACAAAUCAAUAAAGGUAGCCACAUGCUUUCAAAAAAAAAAA